AUGCCUCCCCGCAAGCCCCGUUGCAACUUCUCUGAGUGCAAGGAGGCCGCUCAACGAAUCGUCGGUGACUGCAGUUUCUGCAACUCCCACUUCUGCUCCAAGCACCGCAUGCUCGAAGCCCACUCCUGCACCGGCCUAGAAGACUGCAAGAAGGAGUCACAUGCCCGGAAUGCCGAUAAGCUGAACAGCGAGCGGACCUUAGUCGUGAAGGCCUGA